AUGAUCUUGCGUAGGACAACUCGCAUCAAGCAUGUGGCUUUCCGCCGAUUAGUACCACCCAUUGUGAUUGCUCUCUGGGGAGUUCUGUUGCUGGUUUUCCUCUAUCAAAUUUAUCAUUUCACAUGGGUUUCUGAUGAAAAUUAUGUGUUGAGCUAUAGAACCCAUGAUUGGAAAGAAAAACCCAAGCUCCCUGAACGUACCAAUUUGUCAAUUUCAUUGGAGAAAAGGAAUGGGUUGCCACCUAGAAACUUGGAUCUUUUCCCAAAUCUAGUAAAUGACCAUAUAGUGAUUGUUCUGUACGUUCACAACCGACCUCAGUAUCUAAAGAUAGUUGUAAAAAGCCUGUCUGAGGUAGAGGGUAUAGGUGAAACUCUAUUGAUAGUUAGCCAUGAUGGGUACUUUGAAGAAAUGAAUAAGAUAGUUGAAGGAAUUCGGUUCUGCCAAGUAAAACAGAUUUUCGCUCCAUACUCACCUCACUUGUUCUCCAAUAGCUUUCCUGGUGUCUCCCCCGGAGACUGUGAAGGUAAAUAUGAUCUAUCAUCCAAGAAGAACUGCAAGGGAGAUCGUGAUCUGUAUUGGAACUACAGGUCUCCAAGAAUUGUGUCGCUAAAGCAUCAUUGGUGGUGGAUGAUGAACACAGUAUGGGAUGGGUUGAAUGAGACUAUGCAACAUUUGGGUCAUAUCCUCUUCAUAGAGGAAGACCACUUCAUUCUUCCUAAUGCAUAUCGGAACAUCCAACUACUUACCAUGUUAAAGCCUCAGAAAUGUCCUCGUUGCUAUGCUGUAAAUUUGGCUCCUGCUGAUGUGAGCUCAAGAGGAGAAGGUUUGGCGAGUCUGUUUGUGGAGAAGAUUGGAAAUGUUGGUUAUGCUUUUAACAGGACUGUUUGGAGGAAGAUCCAUUCAAAGGCAAGAGAUUUCUGCUCAUUUGAUGAUUACAACUGGGAUGUAACAUUGUGGGCUAAGGUUUAUCCCUCCUUUGGUGGCCCUGUUUAUACUUUGAGGGGACCUAGGGCAAGUGCAUUUCACUUUGGUACUUGUGGCUUGCAUCUGGGACAAGAGGAGAAGGCUGCUUGCUUUAAUAAUGGAUCCGUGAACAUAGUACUAGAAAAGGCUGAUAAGAUUGUGAACAUCAACUCAGAUUGGGAAAUACAUUUGGUAAAGCAUAAAACACUGCAUCAACCUGGAUUCAUGGGUUGGGGUGGGUGGGGGGAUGUGAGGGAUCAUCAACUGUGCUUAGAUUUUGCUGAAAUGUAUCACUCAGGCAAUAACCCAAAACCUUGA